UCUAUUAUUUGUUUUACACUCGAUAUCAUUAAUCGGCCUCUAGUUCAUACAACUAACAUAUUGAUGAGGUCUUCAUUGGGAAUUGAGAACAACUCGAGUGAAAACUUUAGCAUGUAGCUCUCGCUGUGUUAGGUGGGACUUAUUAUCUACUACGAAUCAAUAUCAAAGACAACUUGCUACAGAAACGGAGAUGUUUACUUUCCGACAGGUAGCAGCAGAUAAUUGCUGCACGUGAAAUGUUGUCGUCUGUUGAAUUAAAACUUAGGAUAGCUUCAAAUUAGUUUAGUCAAGACCAAUGCAUCAACAUGGAUUGUGAUAUUAAUGAAACGACGUCAUCCUUACAGGAAGUGAAUAACUUUACCGGAAACGAUUCGGAACACACAAUACUUAAAGGCAUUCGGAACGUUUUUUACGACUAUGGUCUUCCGAUUGUUUGUUUGUUUGGAAUUGUGGGAAAUAUGCUCAAUCUAGCGAUUCUUACAAGGAGAAAACUAAAGAGAUCUUAUCGUACUGUGGAGCAAGCAGCAAAUGUUUGCUUGAUCGGAUUAGCAUUGUCUGAUUUAUUAUUCUGUACGUUUGCCUUUCCCACUACUUUUCUCCCUCGAGAUAAUAAUUUUCAGAGGAAGAAUUUUAUAUUAUAUUAUGGGAUGUAUUCAACAGCCUUUAUUAACGUGUUUAUUAUGGCUAGUACCUGGAUGACCGUUACAAUGGCAACGGAACGAUAUAUUGCAAUUUGUCAUCCGCUGAAUCAGAAGUUGUUUAUGACCUUGAGAAAGACAAAGUUAAUCAUAGUGAUAGUCUAUAUCGUGGCUUUUGCUUUUAAUGUUCCGGUUUUAUGGAGGUAUAAAAUAGAGGAAAUAUGUAUAAUUAAUUCUACAGACUUUAUCUACCGAUUAGAUCCUGUACCUCUUGGAAAUGACGCACUAAAGGACAAUGUCUAUAGAAUAUUGUGGGCCAUUAUGGGCAACUUUAUCCCUCUUGUUAUUCUUAUUGGAACUAACAUAAAAAUAUGUUGGAGAGUACAUAAAUCUUACAAAUAUCGACAGAGGUUUCAGGUGAAACACCGAGAACGGACUGAUUCUAGUAAUACUUUAACGAUUACCCUUAUUACCAUUGUUGUCAUGUUCUUCAUACUAGUUGCUCCAUCAGAAAUUGUUUUAUUCUUUAUUGCAGGAAUAAGGCGAGACGAGAAUAACAGAGAUCUACUAAAUGCCAUAGAGGCAACCAUGAAUUUUAUGCAAACAGUAAACUUUUCGGUCAAUUUUGCUCUUUAUUGUAUAAUUAGUCCUUAUUUCCGGCGGACUUUACGUUAUAUGUUCUGUUGUCAUUGGUAUCACACGAGAAGACAGUCGUACAAAUUAAGUAUGUCGGAAAGUAAUUAUCAUAUGCCCUUGAAAAAAAUGUCAGGAUUAUUAAGAUAAAAUAUUCGUUACUUCAACUUUUGAAUUAUUUAAAUUACAAUACUAACAUUUUAUCUAUAAAUGAUAUACUCCUUCG